AUGGCCACUACAAACUCUGGAAUACGCGACACAGCAAAUGAUUUAAUUAUCCGGCAUCUGCUUGAGUUGGGCAAGCAACUUUGCAAGCGUGAAGAAGGGAAGCCUGCUUUACCAGAGGCUGAAGCGCGCCUUGAAUCCCUCAGCAAGGAUGGCCUUAACUCCCCCCAACUAGGAGCAGAAUACAUCUGUCGGUAUAAGGGUGGCCUCAUCGGCAAACAUUUCAAAAGCCUUGCACGGGUAAUGCCCUAUCUAAUAUAUGACCUGGUACCGCAAGAUGUUCUGCAUGCUUGGAGUGUCAUUGGAGAUUUAGUGGUGCUUCUAUGGCACACGGGAAUAGACAACCUGGAGGAGUAUUUGAAGCUGGGCAGCUCAACAAGAUUCACCAGCGCUACAAGAUGCAAAUCAUCAGACCCUGUGCCUUGGAAGUCAACGUGUUCAUCCAAGAUCUACAUCAAGUCUAGACGGAACUCUCCUGGUGAUCAGUCAAUGUUUCUGAAAGCUUUGGCUUUCACCACACGCAAUGGUGAUGAGGCUAAAGUUGGCAGCUAUGUGGUUGUCUCCUCGUUGUCCACCGGGACCCCCCUGCAAAUUGGAAAAAUAGAAGAGAUUCUCGUCACUGAAGCAAACCGUCAAUUUGCUGCUCAUGUUGCUUUUACUUACAUGGAUUUCUUGCCAGCGCUCCAUGCCAACCUUCAAGUUCCUUGCUUGCAAAUUACAGAGUCGCAAGAUGUGCUUCCCGCAGAGAAAUUUCUAUGUUCCGUUAAUGUGCUACACAACUGCUGCACGUCAAACUGUAGUGAAUUCAAAACUGUACCAGUACGACAAGAAUAUAGUGAGACAACUAAACUCACCAAGACAGUCGCGCACAAACAAACCAACAAAUAUAUUCUCAAUGUAUAUGCUCUUCACCUUAUAGCCUCGGUUGUUCCGUCAAGUCUUUGUACCAAAACACCUUGGGUUACCAACGUCCAAGAAAUUCGACUGAACGCUGCAAAACUGGUUCGUGAAAAGAAAACUCUGGUAGAUGCGGGAGGUACAACAGGUGCAGAUACAACAACUAAUCUUGAUGAGACGCCAAUGCCUGCUGUGCGGAUGCCCGCUUUUGACCGUACACCAUUCAGAAGAGGGAAAAAGAAGACGAUCAGUAAUUGGCGCACCACAGCAGGGGCGAAUACUCCUCAACAUGCCCAUGCGCCAGUCUCUCCACAGAUCCAAUCUCCAAUCCGGCCUGGUCCUUCCAGGAUACCAGUUUUCCCUUCCUCUGCACCCGACCACCUCCAACGGGUUCAUUCACCAAUGCACGGGCUCAAUGGAUUGCCUGCACCAUAUCACUAUCCACCCCAGAUGUUCUCUCAGCCUUAUGAAUCGUCAUCUCAGCCUUCUUUUUCCCCACAUCUUCAUCAUUCAAUCUCACAAUCUCACGCAGAAACAUCUCAGCUAUAUCGCUGUUCCCACCACAUGUUUUCUCAGCCUUCCGAUUUGCCUCCGCAGCCUUUUUAUCCCUUUCAACCUUCUUUCCCCCAUCAUCAUCCUUAUUGGAACACACAGUCACGCAGAGAAAAUUGA